CCGAUGAAGAGAGGCGAGGAUUGUAGAGAAGAAGUCCUGUUCCUGUUUACAUGUCAGACGUGAAGCUGAAGUUUAGUCAGCAGGAGGCUAGACUAACCGUCAGAAUGUGAGCUGCGGAUCGUGCAGGUUGUUCCGAAAGGGAAUGGACGAGAUAAGUCCUUUGUUGGGCAACCAGAAUUCUGGGCAUCCACAGGAAGAUCCAGACCUUCUGUCUCCAAACUUGAGGCCCAGACACCGGGAGCUGAUCCCCACACCAUGUGGACCGAUAAAGCCCUGGUCGGAGCUGUCAUGUCUGCUCAGGCUCUACUUCUGCUUCACCAUAGCGUCUCUGCUGGCGCUGCUCAGCCUCACCCUGUACAGCGUCUACCAGCAGCACAUGGAUGUGGAUCCGACCAAUGAGGACAACUUCACUGUGUCUCUCAUCCAGAUGGUUGGAAUAUUGUUCUGCAUCUACUACAUCAGCCGGGGGGUGUUGCAGGAGAACAGGCAGGAGCUGGUGGUGUUCGUGCUCAGCAUGCUGUUGGUGAUGGUUCGAUCCAUAGUCAACUUCUCAGUGCUGGAGCCAAAGAGCAAGCAGGAGCUGCUGGUUCGUUUUGUGUGCAUCAUAUGUCUGGGCGUGAUCCACGUCUGCUGCACCACGCUGCUCAUCCAGAGGCCCAACGCUAUGGCAUUCCGUGUGGGCGGGGCCUUGGAGAGCCUCCAGGAGCAAUACUUCUUGCUGAACCUGUGUUUCUCAAUGGUGACCUUUGACCUUCAGGCUCAGUUGUGUCUAUGUAUCCUCAUCACGACGUCGGAGGUGGCCAUGUCUGCUCAGAACACCAUCAUCCUGGCAGUGGGAGUGGUGUGGGCUUGCCUGACGGCCGCUGUCGGGGCAGUUGCAGUUUUGAAGGAAGCCAAGGUCCUUGUGUGGGUCUUCAUGGUGCAGAACCUUCCUCAACUGGCCUUCUUUGUUUAUAUUGUAUACACGGUGGUAACCAUAUGGUUCCAGGACAGAACAUUUACUCUGGAGGCAGCUGCCAUCACAGGAGCUUUGAUUUCCCUGGUGAUUAAAGUGGUUUUGCUCUGGGGCCUCAUCAGACUGGUGCACAGCUUUGGUCAAGGCCUGAGAGAGAGGAUGAUGGCCCCCGGCAAGUGAUAAAACAUCCAGUGCUCGUGGACCAAGGACACAGCUGCAUGCUGAGGGCCCGGCAUUAGGAAGCCCUCUGAGCAGGAGCUUUCCUUUCCCUAACGUGUGCGGAGUACUGCAUAUUUUAUUUUAGCUAACUCUCCUUUUUCCAUCUACAGGAUGUAAAGCAUCACAACUGAAUACGGAAAAUGCCUUUGUAGCUAUUGUUCUGACUGUGAUGCACAUUGUGAUCUUAAUCCUUAGUGGUUGUACUGUGUGUAAAAGCCAAAUACUUUCAAAUGCAGACAUAUUUUCCAACUUGAAAAUGAUAUAAUCUCGAAAGGUCUAACGUUUUAAUUCCAGUAAAUUACAUGUGAAUGUUGACUGACUUUAGUUUGCUUUUUGAAAUCUAAUCGUUCAUCCUAAAUCUUGUGACUACUACUUGUUUAUGCAACACUGGACUCUUUUUUUUUAAUGACUCCCUUUUUUGCACUCUUCUAAAUAAAUGAUUAAAACAA